GAAGAAAUUAGAAUGGGAAUAAAUUCAAUAGUGAUGGCCUUCUUGAGUUUGUGUUAUAUGCAUACUUCCUCAGUCCAAAAAAAAAAACAAAAAAAAAGCUAAUAUUGAGUCCAGACAUUUAAUGGUGACAAUUAAAUGAAAGGAAAAAUUAGAAGAGUCGAAGUAGGUAGAAAUCAAUAAUGAUAACUAUGACAUACAUGAUCACGAUUUAUAUCGUUGGUAUUUACUAUAUAUGAAGACACACAGGCCUUUCGCGAAAGAAGUACAUUAGAUAUUGCACAAGCUUCCGAGUUAGUAUUAUUAUUGUCAAAAAACCCAAAACAUUAAACUACUAGCUAUAGAAAUGGAACUUCAUCAAGUUCUACACAUGAAAGGAGGAGAUGACAUUUCAAGCUACGCCAAAAACUCAUCAUUUGCGAAAACAGUUGCAAUGAAGUCGAUAAACAUUCUUGAAGGAAGCAUCAAAGAGUUGUGUAGAGGAAUUAACAUGAACAAAUUGUUAUAUGGGAAAUGCUGGAUAAGGAUAGCAGAAUUGGGAUGUGGAUCUGGACCCAAUACGUUGUCAACCAUCAAAAGUUUCAUUGAAAUUUUGGACAAGGAAUUUUACCACAAUAAUAAUUACUUGAAUAGUUCUAGGGUUGUUGAUGAUGAUGCAGCAUUACCUUCAGUUGAGAUAUUACUGAAUGAUCUUGUAUCCAAUGAUUUCAACUUGAUCUUCAAGUCACUACCUAAAUUCUUCGAACAGCUUGAGAAGCAUGGACUCGGCGGUCGGGACCGCCCGCUGCCCGGAACUUGCUUUAUUUCUGCCGUGCCGGGUUCAUUUUAUGGCAGGCUUUUUCCGGACAACUCCAUCAACUUCUUCCACUCAUCUCAAAGCCUCCAUUGGUUGUCUCAGGUUCCAGCCAAACUGAUGACCGACAGCGGUUUAUCACUUAAUAAAGGAAAUGUUCACAUAGGGGAGACUAGUCCUCUGACAGUUCGUGAUGCAUAUUGGGAACAAUUUAAAUCCGAUUUCACGACAUUCUUACGAAUGCGUGCCAUAGAGAUGGCGCCACAAGGACGAAUGUUCUUCACCUUAUGCACAGACACCCCUGGAAGUGUCGGUUUUCUGUAUCUGGACCAAACCCUAAAUGAUAUGGUGAAGGAGGGAAUCAUUGAAGAGAAGGCUUUGGAUGGUUUCAACAUCCCAAUGUAUGAACCGACAAUGGAGGAAAUGAGGUGGAUCAUUGAGGAAGAAGGGUCGUUUGAAGUGAAUCAAAUCGAAAUUUUCCCAUGGGAUAAAGAUGAUCAUGGCAUUAACAACAUGGAUGAAGAUUUGUUGAGGGAAACUUAUGUGAGGAUCACAAGAGCUGUGUUUGGGAGUAUAAUUGGGAGCCAUUUUGGAGAGGGAAUUAUGGAUGAUCUCUUUCGCAGGUUGGCAAACAACAUAUCCGAAUGCGUUGAUAUUGCCAAUCGGAUACAAGAUAGUUUGGCUGUUUCCCUUGUCAAAAAGAAUUAGUUCCUUAUUCUUCUUCCCUUCUUACCAAAUCAUUGAGAAGAUUCCGCCGGGAUAUGAUGUGAUUCAAUUAUUUUUUUGAAAGAAUUCUCAAUGUGUACUUGCAGAAUUUUUUUGCCAAAAGUUAAUUCAAAAUUUGUCUUUUGCGUGGCAUAAUCUAUUGAGAGAGAUUUGCUCAGUAGACUAUUUGGUUAGUGUUAAUUACAAUUAUAGAUGGCAAUUGGGUGGGAAUUCUCAUUGUACAAGUGAUAUGGAAACUCCUUUCGAGUUUUGCAGUAUGUAACAAUGAAUUGAAACAAUUUCAUGAAACCAUGGAAGUGUACAUUUCCUGGUCGCUUAUCGUUAUUUUAGUUACUUUUAUAUAUGCUGAAUUAUACUCAAAAUUAUUGUUAGAGCUGAUCGACCUUAUAUCUUUAUCUAUAUUAAAG